UAGGCAGACCAUGCCUACAUUCGUGCCCGCCUCCCCCAAAUCUUCCUUCUCCUUUGCUGGUGUUUCAGGAACUAGACAGCGUCUUCACUCGUGGAGAUGAGGCUGUUCAAUUUAGUAGUACAAUCAUAUCUUCUCUUACUUGUGUUCACCGUGACUCCUGCAGUGCAAGCAGCCUCUGGUGCACAAAAGGUGAACUGCCUUCGAUCAUGUGGUAACAUCAGUGUUCCCUUCCCUUUUGGCCUGGAAGAAGGCUGUUCAGCAAGGAAGGAAUUUCAGCUCAAAUGCACAAAUGAGACAUCUCCCAGUCUCCAGUUUGAUGCCGGGCAUCAGGUGACACAUAUCGAUAUCGAUGAGGGGAUUGUGGGCAUCACGUACACUCCACGGCAGAUCUUUAUAGUGGAGGCACCGAAGCAAUCUGGCAUGUAUAUCGGUUCCAUGGUAUCAUCCUCUGUGCAAUGGGUUUUUGCCAAUCUGACCUGUGAGGAGGCACGGAAGAACUCCUCGGCAUAUGGAUGUGUUGACCACUAUAGUGCAUGUUUGGGUGUCACUUCAGCAGAUGGUAACAUUGGUUAUCGAUGCAAAUGUGCGCCGGGCUUUGAGGGGAAUCCAUAUAUACCGCAUGGCUGUAGAGAUAUCGAUGAGUGCCUUAUAGUAAACAAAUGCAAUGGAACGUGCCACAAUUUUGAAGGAGGAUUCAAUUGCACCACUUGUCCGCAUAAAACAGUGUAUGAUCCUCGACAAAGGCGUUGCACACACAUCAACCAAUCUAAGAACUUUUUGACCGGUGUCAGCGUUGCCGCAGUCGUGCUAGUAGUGAUCUUGUUUUGCGCCUACCUGUUCCACCAGAAGAGGAGCCUUGCCGCUGUGAAGAAGAGGUUUUUCAAGCAGCACGGGGGGCUCUUGCUGUUAGAGGAGAUGAAGUCAAAACAGGGGCUGUCCUUCACACUGUUCACCAAAGCAGAGCUCGAAGAGGCGACUGGAAAUUUCGACGAGCGGAAUGUGCUCGGCAAGGGAGGGAAUGGCACUGUCUACAAGGGAACUCUAAAGGACAACAGAUCAGUCGCGAUAAAGAAGUGCAAGCUGAUCAGCGAGAGGCAGGAGAAGGAGUUCGGGAAGGAGAUGCUCAUCCUGUCCCAGAUCAACCACAGGAACGUCGUCAAGCUCUACGGCUGCUGCCUCGAGGUGGAGGUCCCGAUGCUCGUCUACGAGUUCGUCCCCAACGGCACCCUGUACCAGCUCAUCCAUGGCCGGCAGCACCCCCCUGGCGGGCCAUGCGUCUCCUUCGCGACGCGCCUGAAGAUCGGGCAGGAGGCCGCCGAAGCGCUCUCUUACCUGCACUCCUGGGCCUCGCCGCCGAUCAUCCACGGCGACGUGAAAUCGGCCAACAUACUCAUCGACGACAGCUACACCGUCAAGGUCUCGGACUUCGGAGCCUCGACGUUGGCUCCGACGGACGAGGCCCAGUUCGUCACGUUCGUCCAGGGGACCUACGGCUACCUCGACCCGGAGUACAUGCAGACCUCGAAGCUGACGAGCAAGAGCGACGUCUACAGCUUCGGCGUCGUCCUGCUCGAGCUGCUUACCUGCAGGAAGGCGACGAACCUUCAGGCAAUCGAUGAGGAGAAAAAUCUCUCGGCACAUUUCCUCCUGGCCGUGAGUGAGAACAGGCUUGGAGAGAUACUGGACGAACAGAUAAAAGGAGAAGAGAGCAUCGAGCUGAUCGAGCAUGUGGCGGAGCUAGCGAAGCGAUGCCUGGAGAUUGCUAGCGAGAAGAGGCCAUCCAUGAGAGAGGUUGCAGACGAGCUUGGCAGGUUUAGGAAUCAGUCGCAGCAUCCCUGGGGGCAGGAAACUUCUGACGAGGAGCUGAGGGCCUUGCUCGUUGGAUCUCCGAACGCUUGCUUUGAAAUCGAGCUCAGUAAUGCGUAUGUCAGCAUGAAUGACUCAGCAUGCUUAGGAGUUCAGUCUCCACGGUAAUAUCAUUUUUUGAAAAAAUUGGGCAGGAGCUCUGCCUUUCAAUUAAGAAAAAAAGAGUUUAGAAGCUCAGGAACAAAAGGAGAACAGGGGCCACACACACCCCUGCCGUGCAGCCUGGACAAGAGUCCAAGGCGCAACACACGAGCACGGAAGCAAAGGUAACACAAGGACUCAGAUCGGAAUAUCAUUAUUGUAUCUUUUAUUGUUUGGGUUAUGGAACAAAACGUAUAUAUACUACUAAAUGAUUGUAAUAUUUCUUCACGCCUAUAUUUCAAUCGCCUUAGAUUAUUCUUUCUAAGAAAAA